AUGACAAGGGGAGAGAGGAGUGGUAAGAAGCGGCUGCGCAAGGAGGCUAGCGACAACAUCGUCGAGGAUCUAGACCUCGACGUUGGAGACGCUAGCGCGUACGUGGACGACGACGAUGUCGCACACAACCGCCGCGGCCGCAAGGCCACUCGCCGGGACGGUGUAGAGGAGGAGAUGUUCGCCGUCUUGCCCUCGGACGCGCACCGCCUCGACGGCUAUGACGAUGACGAGCACGGAGGCUUCCAGGAGGAGGAAGAGUUAGCGGUGGUGACGGAGAAGGGUUUGCGUAAGAAGACAGCUGAGGAAGACUUCGAUAUAGCCGGCGUGUCGGUCGCACAAAUGUCUUCGCGGCGUGAUGCUGUGGCCAAAAGGGGUGCACUGGACGCGCUUGAUGCCGUGCCGGUGAUCGAGGCCGUGGAGCGCGACUUUGCCGCCCUCACCACUGCAGAGCGGCUGGUCAUCCUCAAGAAGGAGUCACCGGAGCUGCUGAAGCUGCUGGCGGACCUCAAGACGUACAUGGCCGAGGUCAAGACGCUCGCCCAGCCGCUUCACGAGCUCCUCUACGAGCGUAAGGUAUCCGCCUCCGAUAAAAAUCUUGUCUCUUUCUUAGAAACUAAGGUUCAGCUCAUGCUUAGCUACUGCAUGCACGUAACCUUCUACCUCCUCCUCAAGUCUGAAGGCCGCAGGGUAGCCGGCCACCCCGUGAUUGACCACCUUGUAGAGAUCCGCGUGUAUCUUGAAAAGAUGUGGCCGCUGGAGGAGAAGCUGCAGUACUCGCUGAACCGCCUCCUCAGCGGCAGGUCUACAGCAGCUGCACACCUAAGCGAGCUUCGUCCCCUGCAGUCCGGCGAGGGCGGUGCUUUUGCGUCCCCUCGCUUCAUGCUGAACACAGAGGCCCGCGAGCGCCGGCAGCAGCUGCGUCACAUGAAGGAGGCUGAGGAGCUGGAACGGGAAGAGGAGGCUACCAUGACACGUUUGCGCACCAAGAAGGCGUCUGCGCUCAACAAAAGCAACACCGCCAGCUCCGCGAUAGACCCCAUGAGCUACCAGGAGGACGAGGACCAAUUCUUUUCUCGCAUUACGGGCGGCGCCGGCGAGGACGAUGAGGAGGGUCUCUCUCUCAUGGAAGUUCUGCGCCGCCGCCAGAAGAAGACUGGGGACGUGCUGAGCCGCCAGCGCACAUCGAGCCGGCAAUCAAAGGCGGCUGCAAUCGACUCCGACGGCGGAGAUGAAGAGAACGCUUUUGAUGAGAUGGGCGACGUUGACAGAGAUGAGGAUGACAUGGACCUCGGAGGUGCAGGCGAUGGCGAUGACGGUGACGAUGAGAACUACGAGGCGGUGUGGGAGGCGGAGCGUGCCCGUCAGGCCGCCGAGUUGUCUCGCAAGGCUGCCUCAGUCGUGGCAGCCUCGGAACGCCGUCCUGCGCAGGAGGAGGUGGAGCGUCGCAAGGUUGGCAAGAAGAUCGAGUCGCACCGUGGCCUCACCAGGGCCCGCCCGAAAGACCGGAAGAACCCACGCGUCGCCCAGCGCCGCAAGUACGAGCGUGGUAUGCAGGUGCAGAAGUCCCAGUCGCGCAGCUUCCAACCGAAGCCUGAGGGUGAGUUCGUCGGCGUGCGGAACAUGCGGCCAGGCGUGGUGCGCGGUACCAAGUUGUAA